AUUAUAAUAUUGUUCUGGGCAGCAGAUUCUACAUCAAGGAAACAAUUUGUAACAGAUGGGUAGCUCGUGAUUGUGGAAAUAAAGAAGGAAAGACAGUUAUCAGGAUCAACAAAACUGCGACAGAAUCAUUAGUUAAUGGAGCUAGAAAAAUUAUGGAAAAGUCUAAGGACAAACUUCAUCUGGUGGUGAAGAAGACAAGCAUUGGCAAUAAGAAACAGAACAGCAAUAACAACUGUCAAAUGGACGUUCCAGUUACAAAAAGAAAAAAUAAUAUGAACAAAACAGUCAGCAAUCUAUUUCCUAUCAGAUCUGCUUCAUCACGUGUCAACUUGCCACAGAAGCACCAGCAACACUCACCAGCACUCCGCAAGAGGACACAAUACAAUGGCAAUCCUCAACCAAAACCAACAUGUCAGCUUUCACACUCUACUCAGUCAAAACCAAGAUUUCUGUCCACCAAUAGUUUUCAACAAUGUAACCUACCAGUUGAAUUUUCAUCAACGUCAAACAUAGAGUUAGUGCAGUGUGGAAAGUCUCUAUCUACCACAAGGACUGCGAGCUCUGACAAAAAAACUAGCCAUUUUGUUACAUUACAGAGAAUCCCCAACCUUAGACAUUAUGACAGUAUUUUCUAUCUACCAUAAAAAUUUAGUACCUACAUCUCUGAUAAAUCUUUCUUUCAUGAAUUAAUGAUAAAUGUAAAAGUGAAUGCAAUCUUAUAAUUACGAAAUUAAUAUUACAGGAUAACCCUGUCUUUUGAAAAAUAUUUCAACCAAGCACCUAUAAGGAUACUCUAGUUGUAUUCAGCCUGACUGGACCUAAGAA